AUGACUGACGUUCUUGGUGUUCUCGUCAUCGCCCGUAAUGGUGACCGCACAGAGUACUACCAGGACCCCAAGACCUAUGAGAGCUCCUACACUGAAAGCACUGCUCUUGGUGUUGUCCAGUCUCACCAGCUCGGAUCCUUCCUUCGCUCACCUACAUGUCCUCGUCUUCUCCUUCAUACAUCGCGAACAUGA